AUGGCUUCUUCCCCAGAACAGCUGCACGGAGAUCAUCAGGGUACACAGAGAAAAGUGGGCUGUUUGCAAUGCCAAAUCAUGUCCCCUUCAAGCAGCUCCACAAGUGUGUGGAUGGUACUUCUCAUUGGAAUCAGCUGGACAGCAGAAGGUGUGAUUUGCCCAAAGGAAUGUGCUUGCCAGUAUCUGGCAGUGAACUGCACUGGCAAGCAGCUGGAAGAGUUUCCAGCCUCAAUUCCACUGGACACCCGGCAACUGAUCCUGGCUCAAAAUAAACUCAGCUAUUUGCCUUCGGUGGAGCUGAACUUCCUCAGUGACUUAAUCUAUCUGGAUUGCAGUGGCAACACUUUAGGUGAGGACCUGGAUUUCGCUUUUGUCAGCAUCAUAAAGCUGGUCUACCUAGACCUCAGCUUCAACAAUCUCACACAGGUAACAUUUGGCACCUUUUCACAGCUCAGUAGCCUGGUUGUGCUAAAGCUCUCAGACAACCCCAGCCUGGUGGAGAUUGAGAAGGACUCCUUUGCCAACAAUUCCUGGCUAAGGCACCUAGACGUGAGCCGGUGCAGCUUGGUGUUCAUUGAUAUAAGCACUGUUAGAGACCUGCCCAACUUGAGAAGCCUGGGCAUAAGCGGGAAUCUCUGGUUCUGUAACUGCUCCUUCAUGGAACUGAGCAGCUGGAUUAAAGGGAGUGGGGUCGCUAUCCCAGACUCUGAUAACGUUACCUGCUACAGUCCAGCUUUCGUGCAUGGCUUGAGGAUGCUGGAAGAGGCACAGCAAGAGCUCCAUUACAAGUGCUACAUCCAUUUUGACGACCAAGACUAUCUUUUCCUGGGGCUUGUUGGCUUCUGUAUAUUCUCUGCUGGCACUGUGUUGGCCUGGCUGUUAGGAGUCUGUGCAGUGAUAUAUGAAUUCUUAACUGCCACAGGAGAGGACGAUGAAGAUGAAGAUGAAACAGCCAACUAGACUAACCCCUCUGACACCUGACUUGCUGAUAUAGUAUUAACAGUGAAAUCCUAUGCAUAUUUACCAGAAGCAAAUUGUGUUCAGUGGGGCUAACAAAGGCUGAAGUUCUAUGCAAAUUUCCUAGGAA